AUGGCAAUUCCUCCACUCCCAAUCGUCUGGCAUAAAGAUGCCCCAAAAGACACCUACGAAAAAGCACGGGUCGGGCGAGUAUUCAAUGCAAGAAGACCAAAUCGCUAUCCCAGAGCAGUGGUUGAAGCAACACAUCCAGCACAUGUCCAUGAAGCUGUCCAGCUCGCCAAUAAACUCGGAUGCAGGGUCUCGGUUAGAUCUGGUGGGCACAGCUGGGCCGCAUGGAGUGUUAGAGAUGAUGCUAUUUUGAUUGACUUGGGGAAUAUGAAGUAUCUAGAAGUGAAUAAAGAAAAAAUGAUUGUUGCUGCAUCGCCGAGUACCACGGGGAUGAUGCUAAACGAUAAGUUGGUACCAGAAGGUUUGUUGUUUUGUGGUGGACAUUGUCCCGAUGUCGGAAUUGGUGGGUUUCUGCUUCAAGGUGGAAUGGGUUGGAAUUGCAAGAAUUGGGGAUGGGCUUGUGAGCAGAUCGCGGGUAUUGAUGUGGUGACUGCCGCCGGGGAGAGCUUACACUGUAACGAGACAGAAAACAGUGACCUGUUCUGGUGCGCACGAGGGGCAGGACCAGGUUUUCCUGCCAUUGUGACCAGGUUUUACCUCAAGAUAUCUCCCACAUCAGACGAUGGCAACGAAAUCGUAGCUGUUGGACUUACGCCUCCGGGGCUCGACCAACCAUGCAUCAUGGCCAACACCGUAACCUUUCAGUCAACACACGAAGCUGCCCUUGUAGCUCUCGAACCUAUAAACAGUACUCGACCCCCGGGAGCUCUUGUCGAAAUAAUUAGCGAGCCAACAAGCAUUAAAGAACAAUACGCCGACCAAGCUGCUGCCAAUCCUUCGAACCAUCGUUAUUGCGCUGAAAAUGCAUAUUUGGCAAAUAACUCAAAUGCGACGGCUGUUUUAGAAAAAGCUUUCACGACAUUACCGCACAAGAAGAGCUUCGCAUUAUGGUUCAGCAUGGCUCCUGGUAGCCGAAGAGUUUUGCCAGACAUGGCACUGAGUAUGCAAUCGGAUCAUUACUUUGCCUUGUACACUAUCUGGGAGAAACCUGAAGACGAUGUGAGAUGUAGAAAUUGGGUUCAUGAUAUUAUGAAGGACGUUGCUCUGUCAAGUGUUGGGGCGUACCUGGGCGACAGUGAUUUUCAGCAGCGGAAAACGAAGUUUUGGAAAGAUGAGAAUGCGGAGAAGCUGAUGAAGUUGAGGAAGAAGUGGGAUCCUAAAGGGGUUGUCAGUGGAUAUCUGGAUGCUGGGGAUGUCAGCGGUGUGAAUGGUUUAGACAACCAGGAGUGGGUGGCCAACUCAUUGUCAUAA